AUGAAUGAAUUAUGGUACGAUUAACUGAAAACAGUGAUUUAAAAUCAAAAUUAAAGUGAAAGAGAUUCUGUCAUUAAAAAAUAAAGAUAGGAUAUUAUAUAAUUACCAUAUUUAAGACAUCCUAAACAAUUAAGAGUUAAUAGUAUUACAAAUCUAAAAAAUAUUUCAUCUGAUCGAUUUAAAUAAUAUUUAUAAUAAAUAUAGCUUAAAAGGUUGGCAAAAAGAGAUUAAUAUAAAAACAAUAAUUCUGAAACUGAAAUAUAUCCAUUUUUAAAUUUGUAAGCAAAAUAAAUCAAAUUUUCUGAAAAAGAAUUUAAAGCUAAUAAUCUAAGUGUGUCAAUCAGUCAAUCAAAUAUUUUGAAUUCUGUUUAAAAUCUUUAAACAAAUAAGAUAUCAUUUGCAAGACUUAAUCUAUAAUAAAAUAGCCUCCCUUAAGCUAUUACAAAUAUUAAGGAUUCUUCAAGAAGAAUUAAAACUUUUAACUAAAUUGAUACUGCAGAAAUUAUAGAAUAACCAGAUAAUAAAUAACAACUCUAUCUAAAAUUAAGGUUUAGAAAUAGUUUAAUAAAAUAAACAAUCAAUAAUUGGAUUAAAUAAAGAUAUAAUUUCAACAGAAAAUUUAAUUCCUGA